AUGGUGCGUGGCGAGGCGGACGGGGCCGGGACGCACACGGAGCUGCCGUCGCGCCUGCGCCUCUUCUGCGGCGCCGCCGCCGAGACGGUGGAGUCGGACACCAACCUCAUGCACCUGCGCUUCUUCGCCAUGGCCGACGCCCUCGACUCCAAGUUCGAGGCCGUCUACACCGCCUUCCGCGACAGCAGCUCCGGAGGCCAAAAAUCAGGUAAUACUGACAACCUCUUCAAUACGUAA